GUUACAUGACUUUCUUUCAUAACAACAAAGAAGAACUUUCGAUCUGCGUACAACCUGUGAUUAAAAUGAAGCUUUUUUUUUGGAGUGUUUUGCUUAUGCACGGUGCAUCUGGUGUUGAUACAGACAGAGUCUUAGUGUUUGUGAUGGAGGGAGAUUCAGUGAAUCUACAAACUGGUGUUAAAACAAACCAACGAGACAGAAUUAGAUGGUAUUUUAAUGACACUCGCAUCGCUCAAAUCAGUGGAGAUCAGAGUAAGAUCUGUACAGAUGUUCAGUGUAAUGAAGGUAUUGAGAGAUUCAGAGACAGACUGAAGCUGAACAAUCAGACUGGAUCUCUGACCAUCAUGAACACCAGAAUCACAGACUCUGGAGAUUAUCACGUAGAGACCAUAAUCAGCGGCAGCAUCAGUGAAAAGAUCUUCACUGUCACCAUCACUGGAGAGGCCAAAACCAGUGGCACUGAAGGAGAAGAUGAAGCCCCUGUUCUGUCAGCAGUAAAAACUACAGGAUCGGAUCAAGGUUCUAGUAAUUUAGUACCAGCAGUACGUGUGGCUAUAAUCCUGCUGGUCGUGGCUGGUGUUGUUGGUGUUGUUGGUGUUGGUGUGACUUACUGGCACUGCAAGAAGAAUAAACCAAGAAGACAGGAAUUUAAGUAUUACACAUGACAAAGUACACGUGAUAAAGCAAAAUUCAGAGAUGGACUGAUGCAGGAUGAGAAGAAUAGAUCAGAAGAAAUUGAGAUUGGGUUUUAAAGACACACAAUUUGGGUUGCAAGGUAAAAAUAUACUCGGCAAAAACCCAAAAUGGGGGUGAUACUGCAUGGCUUGUUCAUUAAUCAUCAUCAUAAUAAUUAUCAUUUAAUGGGUUAUUUCUUGCUUGGUUUUUUAAGAAGAUAUUAUAGCUCUUAUGUCUUAUAACCCUUGCUGAUCUUAUUUUUACCCCACACAGGGAUUAAAUUUUUCUAGAACACCUUAAAUCCUGUGAAAUCCUCUAAAUCCUUGUGUAGAUUACACAAACUCGGUACACAAUAAGUUCAUUGUUUUAAAUGAAUACAGUUGCAGCAUACUUUGUGGUUUUUAUUCAAAAGUGUAA